UAUCCAUCCUCAACACCUUCUUCCCGUUCUUCACUUUUUUCUUCUUCCUCCUUUUUCAUCCUCUACUUCUUCCGCUCACUUCUCUUCUCCUUCCUUUUAUUAUCCUUUCGUUUCUUCAAAAUCGCACGUCAGAAAAAAUACGUAUGCCAGUUCGCGUGUGGUCAAAUUAUUUCUAACUGAGUUGUGUAUACAUUUGUUGUUAUUAUUAUUAUUAUUAUUAUUAUAAAUUUCUUUUUCCUUCUUUUAAUUUAUUUAUCUCCAAAACUAUUACGAACUUUUCCAAGAUAUCAAGUUUUCGUUUCGAUAUCGAAAAUCCUUAUAUACCCAGAUUCAACAACAAGGAUUCACGAUUGGAUUCAGUGGUUCAAGAACAAGAAAAUAAGGGGAUACGUAUAGCAUUAAACUCGGAGACUUCAAUGAACGGUAGCAGAAUGUCGCGAUGCAUGGGACAUCCUGGCCGUCGAUGUUUCUCGAGUACGUCGAGCUGACAACGUUCCGUUUCACGAUCUCGACGAGAGAUCGCGAGCCUGAUGCGUGAAUGGAAAAUAAGAAGGAAAGGGAUUGCAUUUAGGACGAAUCUAUCGAUCGCCGAACUGGAUAUAAGAAACACUGGAUAUAAAAGAAAAUAUAUAUUUCAUCAUCGUGGAAGAAAAUAUUUGGAUAAUCAUUUGGUUUUACUUAUUAUAUUUCUUGGUUUUGUCUCGUUUGUUUCUUCGUUUUUUUUUACGUACGUCGACAUGUAGUGAUCGCGUUCAACGAACGAUCGAGCGCAGCAAUCAAAUCGGAUUAACGUUUAUUUACUUAUCCGUUUAUUUAUUUACAUUUCUGUUUCUUUUUUUUCUUUGUUUUACCCUUUUUUUCACUCGAUAAAAACGUAGUACACGUGUCAAUAUGAACGAUUGUUCAGUUAUGUGAGUGUUAACCGGUCCGUGGUAACGGACAUAACGAAGAAGAAGGACGGAAUCGUUUGUAACGUCCGUUUGUGUAUACGAUUAUAUAUCUUACGUUAUUUAACAAUCUCCGUGGGAAAUUAUUUCGGACGUCAGUAGUAAAACGCAGCAUGGAGGAUAUGAGCGUUACAACUGCUGCCAGUACAACAACUACUAGUACGAAUACAGUUAGUCCUAGCGUGAACGACAUGGAUUGGUUCGCCGGUGUUGCGGAAGAGGAAUUGCUCUAUUACACUGGUGUCGGCAACGACGUAGACUCGUUAUGGGCCGUCAUAGGGAGUUUUGUGCCGCCACCACCAAGGCCACCUUACCUUCCAGAGGAGGGCAUCGCCACCGAUGGACUUACCACCUGUGAUCUGUGCUCCUGGGCGUGGAGAAACGACAGGCAUUCAUUCUCCUUAGACGGAACUCUUGAAGCUCCCGGAGAACUAGGAUGGGUUUUGACAUUAGUGAUAGUAUCCUUAGUCUCAGCAGGCAUUGGUGCGGUCGUUAUGGUAACACUUCUGCAUUGUCGCAGAAUAAAAAGUGCAAAUGGCAGAGCGAACUGUUGCGGUGUUGGUGUAGAAGAUCCUAACUCUCAGGAAGCUGGCUCAAAUGGUGGAGGGGGUGGGAAUGGUGGUGGGGUAGCCGUUAUACCGGAUCGAGCUUCUUUAGAACUUGAUAAGCUACCCCCUUAUCACGACGUUGCUCCUAGUCCCGGACACAACGUUUGGUCGUGGCUCGGUUCAAGACGAGGAGGUGGUACAACGGGUGUCGUCACCACGCCCUUGUCUCUUCCUCAACAUAGGAGAGCAAUGAACUUACCGGUUGAGAAUCAUUAUACCCAUAUGCAAACGGACGAGGCACUAUACGCCGAACUUGACUCUCAGGCGGCGAGCUACGCGAGCGAUCUUCAGUUGCAAAUGAGAGGAAGUUCGACGUACGGCACAACUUCCGCCGGUCAAGACGACGAGUAUCACGAACUGGACGCGGCGAGAUUGCAUCGCCAUUAUGGAGCUGGAAACGGAGAUGAAACUUUGCAAAGGGAGACCCUUCGAACACGACACAGCAAAAGGCUACAAGAACCCGAUUAUGAGAUGUACGAAAACGGACCACCAACACCGGUACCAUCGAAUCAAUUACAACACCAUCAUCACCAUCACCAUCAUCACAACAAUCAUCAUCACCACCAUCAAGAUCUAAGAAUGGCCAAUAGGAAUGGCGAACGACCGUCGUAUCAAAACACAGCAUACACCGGAAGUGACGCUGAACCGGAUGGACCAACAUUGAGUAGCGCUCCGAGUAGUGCCUAUUACAGUGAUCUAAGCUCGAAUUCGACGAAUCAACAGAUGUCCUCGACUGUCACGUCAUCGGCACCUACAACAACCCAAACGAAUCUUCAUCUUAAUCCGCAAAACUUGGAAACGCCGCAGUAUAGAUUGGCGGCGAUAAACGAGAGUACGGUGCCCUCGGAUUACAUUUAAAAAAAUAAUAAUAAAAAGGAAUAAAAACGAAAAAUAUAUAAGACAAGAAAAAGAGAAGAAAAAAAGAAAGUUCUUGAAAAAUUACAAAGUGUUUUCGACCGACGAAUGUAUUAUAAUGUCGCAGCAUAUAGUAACUCUUACUAUCUAGUGAUUUCGUUUUUAAUGAAAAUAACUUUCGUACGAGCUAUCACGAAACCCAGGAAAUCUUUUCGCGUUCAUCGAAAUUUGCAAUAUGAUAUAUGUACAUGUAUGUAUUUUCGUAUUUCGAUCGAUCCUCCACGUCUCUUCAACUUAUGACAUAAAGUUGAUUUUU